CAAGGGACUCAUCAACCCAAGUUAACAUAACUUCCUUAGCAACCUAGUAUUUCAGACCAUUCCUGUUAUAUCACCACUGCUGCUAAUCCUUUCAAUUAAACCAAAACCUUAUUAAUCAUCAAUCAUGCAGACUUCACUUCUUCAUGAGCUAGUUGUUGGAACUCAUGUCAUCUCAGCAACAUUUGAUCAGCCUCAAAAGUCAGUUAACAGAUACUUACCCGGUCCUGCCACUCAAUGUCAAUAUUCAACCACAACAUCAAAGCAAAUGAGACUAAGGACAAAUAUUUCAGAAACUGUUAAAAGAAAGCUAAGCUUAGGGGCUCGCAUUCUUCGAGUGGGUGGAGUGGAAAAAGUGUUUAAGCAGUUUUUCAAUGUUGAAGAAGGAGAGAGGCUGUUGAAAGUUUCCCAAUCUUAUCUGUCCACCACAUCCGGUCCUCUGGCAGGUUUCCUCUUCAUCUCCACUGACAAGGUUGCCUUCUGCAGUGAGAGAUCAAUGAAAGUCUUUACUCGGAAAGGCCAUAUGUUGAGGAUCCGUUAUAAGGUUGUCAUUCCACUGAACAAGAUCAAGUGUGUGAACCAAAGUCAAAAUGUUCAAAAGCCAACACAGAAGUACAUAGAGAUUGUCACAGAAGACAACUUUGAUUUCUGGUUUAUGGGUGUGUUAAAAUAUCAGAAAACUUUCAAAUAUCUUGAGCAGGCACUUUCUCAAGCUUAGCUGGGUAGAAAAAUCCACCGUUCAAACUUAAAGAUUUAUGUUGUCAUGACAAACACAAACAUACAAAGGACUAUCCAAAACAGACUAAAAUUUGGAUGCUAUCAUUGAAGAUGUUGGGCUUUGUCCUAAAUAAAAGGGAUUUCAGUUCAUUGCACAUAUCCAUCCUUCUGGACACGACAUUUGACCGGUGAUUGUAACGAAUGGUUGAGAUUUUUAUCAGAAGAGUUCCAGAGUUGGCCAUAAAAUUGCUUUGUGAAUGCAAGAGUUCACAAGCUAUAUGUGUUCUGUGAUCUCGGCUGGCAGUGCUAAGGAGUGCUUUUGAGGAAGGGACAGGCUUAUGUUAGAGGUCUACGAAGGGAGAAUAUUGUAGGAGAAAAGAUUGAAGGAAAAAUACUUAGAAUUAGAAAAAGAGGGAACAAUAAUGUUAGCUGCCCAAAUGUACAACUUUGAGGAUCAAUUGCACGUGGACUUAUAAUGUAAAUGUUUUCAGAAUCUGAGUUUGUAAUUCAGUUUGUAUUUGUACCAUCUAACUUUUUAUUCAAAAUCGUGUAUAAUUAUUUAAAUAGUAGUCUGUUUUACGUAAAUAGUUUAAUUAA